GCUUGGUUGGAGUUUGUUCCAGUGGUGUAUUCGUCGUCAGUCGUUUCCGAUAAGGCCCAUCUUGCCUGUACGAGGAUAUAUCUGAAACUCUGGUGUUAGUGCGGCGUCCUCUCGGGCCAUUUAGGGUACGAAACAUGACUAUGAUCAAGCUGCAGAGUUCGGACGGCGAGGUGUUUGAAAUUGAUGUUGAGGUCGCCAAAGCCUCGGUUGUCAUCAAAACCAUGCUGGAGGACCUAGGCAUGGACGAGGGCGAGGAGGAGAUCGUGCCGCUGCCGAACGUGAAUGCGGCGAUCCUGCGCAAGGUGCUGCAGUGGGCGCAGCACCACAAGGACGACCCGCCGCAGCCAGAGGAUGACGAGAACAAGCAGAAGCGCACCGACGACAUCAGCAGCUGGGAUGCCGACUUCCUGAAGGUCGACCAGGGCACCCUCUUCGAGCUAAUUCUGGCGGCCAACUACCUGGACAUCAAAGGCCUGCUGGAUGUCACCUGCAAGACGGUGGCCAACAUGAUCAAGGGCAAGACGCCUGAGGAGAUCCGCAAGACAUUCAACAUCAAGAACGACUUCACGCCCAUCGAGGAGGAACAAGUGCGCAAGGAGAACGAGUGGUGUGAGGAGAAGUAGGGCCGGACGCUGCUGCGAGGUCGUCACAGGGACACGCGGCCGCUGCCGCCGACCGGCCGCCGCGCCAAGUGGCGGAGCCCGGUCGGGUGUGCAGCUGGCCGGCACGCGGAAUACGUCACCUUCGCAUGGACGCUGGCCCCAACAGACGCGCGUGCCGUUCGGAUCAAGUGGGAGCUCGUGAUCGCCCCACUAACGUGGCGAUUUCAUUCGGUUUGUAGACGUGCCAGUGCACAGGAUGACUAAUUGCGUGUUCCGGAUACAGUUACCGCCGCACACUCUGCUCACCUGUCUUUCGCGCGGUGUUAGGAAGGGUGUUGCCCCGUGAGUGAUGGUUGCCUAGCUUGUUUGGUGUUUGAUUUGUGAGAAGCAUGGUCACGGGCCCUUUUAGUUCACGCUUGUACACGUUCGCGAUGUCACUUAGGUAAAACAGCCUACGCAAAUAAGCAAUGCAAAUGGCGCGCCCUCAAAGCUCUCUAACUCAAGGCAGCCUGUCUGUCGGUUCCAAAUUUGUGUUUUACCUAUAGAUUUAGUGAUUUGUAGAUCGUUUGUCCAAUAUUCCAUGACCACUAUUCCGAUUUAAGUGGUGUGAAGAUUCAGGAGAUAAAUACACUGCAUAUUCAGA